UUCGGAGGACGUUAUCUCUUAGAGACUCGUAGUCCUCCAUAGCAGGAAAGGUGCCGGAAAUGAAGUAGUACAACUCCAUGUGGUUGGACCGUGUCCAGGCAACGCUAAAGAGAAGGAUAUUGAGAGGGAAGGAGGGGGAGUGAUGGGGGAAGACCGUGCAAAGGAGGCGAGCGGCGAAGUGAUGGCAGAAGAAGCCGCUGGCGAAGACGCGAUAGUUCAGGGGGAAUUCGAGGUGGGGGAGAGGUCGGAAGCGGAGGAAGUCAAGGGGGCGGCGGCAGACGGGACGAGGACGGUACGUCCGGGCCGGGAGGAGGACGGGGAUGAAGCGCGGAGGGGGCGGAAGUGGCCGGAGAAGCGCCAGGCAGCAGCCGAGGCUGCCCGCCUACAGGCUGAAGCGGCGGCAGCAGAUGAAAAGCAGCGGCGUCAGGCCGAGGCUGACGCAGAUGCCCAGGCCCGCCGCAAGGAGGCCCAGGAUCUGUUACAGCGGCAUGAAGCCGCCAGGGUCGAAAAGCUCAAGGUCUGGCAUUUUGAACAAUCCGAGGACCAUGACGACGCAACACCGGAAGAGCAGCACAAGGAGUUCCUCUCCAGAAUCGUGACCCGGUUGGACUUGGAGCAAGCAACACCAAGACCAGAUGCUGGUGAACCCAGCAAUGCAGCCUCAACCCGCCAAUUGGAGGAACAAGUUGACCAUGUAGCCGCAAUGCUCGGCGACAUCAGCACCUUCGCCGCACCAGCCACCAUCAACGAGCAGCUCGACACCUUGCAGACCGAACUUGGGCAGUUGCACCAUCCGCCCGACAACGAUCGCAGCACCAGUGCAUCAAAGCACUACAAGAUGCCGACGUUCCGGAUCGAGAAGUUUGACGACUAUAUGCAUCAGGACUCAGUCGUCAACAACUUACACAAGAAGAUCUCCUGGGAAGAUCUCAGCCACAUGGCAACCAUCCACGACAUCCAGGUCAACAACUUACACAAGAAGAUCUCCUGGGAAGAUCUAAUGAGAGAAUGGAAGAAGUGGUUCAUUGUUGACGAUGCCCCAACGCUCGCCAUCAACCACCUCUUCACCAUGACUCAAGGUAACACAUCGACGCAUGAUUGGCUCACGGAAUGGCAAGAGAUCGUGGCAACACCCGAUCUCGACUUGUCGUUUCCGCAUCUGUGCCGAGAGUUCUACAACCGGUCGUGUGCCGCCUUGAGCCUCGCACUCGGUGAUCAUGAACAGUACACGACCUUUGUCGAAAUCAUCGAUAAGGGUCGUGAAAUCAUCAAGAGCAACCGGGCUGCUGCACACGAGAAGACAACAUGGCAACCAACCCAUGUGGAGAAAGGAAAAUUUGGUCCGCGUCCACAGCAUGUCGCUGCAGUCCAACCGGACAACAUUGUGGAAGACCCGACAACCACCUUAACAUCAUGUGAGGGAGAUCAAGGGGCCGCCAUCCAGCCACGAAGCAAUAACAACUCCAGUGGAAAAGGGAAGGCGAAAACCGCAUCACCGGCUGGAAACAGAAAGCCAGUACCAUGGGGAGAGGAGGUGACUCCUACUGUUGGAUACACUGUUGAGAAAUUCAGCACAAGGAUGUUCAAGUUCACUGUUGUGGAUAUGUCAGGACAGGCCAACUACCGACAGCUAUGGCAAUGCUUCUACAAAGAUGUCGAUGGUCUUGUGUUUGUGGUUGAUGCUGCAGAUAGGAGCAAGAUUGCCACUGCUAAGUCCAUCCUGCACAGCAUGCUAUCUCACCAAGAGCUCACAGGUACUUCUCUACUUGUGUUGGCAAACAAGAUGGACUUGAUCCAUGCCAUGCCCGCUCAGCAAGUCGCACAAGGACUACAUCUGCCAGGGCUGGGAAACAGGAGGUGGCAUAUAAGACCAUGCAGCGCCUUGACAGGUGAUGGAAUGGACUCUGUACUCAACUGGAUCAUCAGCACUCCAGACAUGACAUGGAGGAAGGAGGUCAUCUAGCGUGGAGGUGUAUCCGAGACGUAACGCAAUAGCUCCUCUCGAUGUCAAUCAUGCAGUGUAUCGAUUCCCCCAUUCUCUGACAUGGCAUCCCGGAAGGGGUAUGGGGUGCUGUGCUGUGCUCUGCUGUGACAUCACGACGGAGCGAAUCAUGAAAGUGAGAGCAACAGAAGAACGUUGUCAGAUCUCCAAAGGGCCAAAGAAGGCACGUUAAACCACCAUUCGUAAUUCUGGAAGUAGCGGCGUACAUGCUGCCAGCCAUUGCUACAGUGCCGCGACUUUUCCACUUGAAUGAAUUUGUGCCAGCACC